CAUUUGUUUCUUCUUCCGGUUUAAUGAGUGCUCUCCCUUUAAUGAUGUUUUGGGAAGUGGAUGACACGUUGGCCAUGAAAACAAAUAGCCUAUUAACAUUAAAAUAUGAUUCGGGCAUUAAAAUGUGACGUCCCCGUUGUGACAAGCUAAACAUCUUUGGCAUUUAGAAAUAGUGAUUGUUAUUGGACCAUCCAGGAAAAAUCAAGUAAACCGGGAGAGUUUAGUCAGUACAGUUGAUCCUCCUGGUUCACCAUGCCUCAUACACAGGACCUGCCGUAUGUGAUCAAUCUGGGCAACAGCAUAAUAGGAGUGUCUGUUCUUGCCAUGCCAUUCUGCUUCAAACAGUGUGGCAUUAUUCUGGGUGUGUUGUUGCUGUUAUUCAGUACUUGGCUAACCUUGGUGUCCUGCCAGCUGCUUGUGAAAGCAGGAGUCGCAUCCAGAAGACGAUCCUAUGAGUUUCUAGCUUAUCAUCUGUUUGGUCCUGCAGGGAAGUUUAUUGUUGAAGUAGGCAUGAUAGGACUGCAGAUAGGCACACUGAUAGCCCAGGUUGUGGUGGUUGGUGAUCUGGGACCAGCAAUUGUUUCCAAGGUUUUUGGACUUGAGAAUACACCCAAUCUACGUACAUGGCUUAUUAUUUGCUUGUGCCUGUUUAUUGGCUUGCCUCUUGGAUUGUUGAAGGACCUCCGAACUGUUAGUCAUGCCAGCACUAUCUGUAUGUGCUUCUAUGCAGUCUUCAUCAUUUAUGUAAGUGUAGUAUAUUUAAAGUUGUUUUAUACAUGUAGGUGUAAUAUUUUAUUUAUUUACUUGUAUCUGUCAUCUACCGUUGGGUUUUUUGGCUACAUUGCCUUCUACAGAGAGGAGAUAACGGGUGAUAUUAUAACUCAGUUCCCAGCCACAUUCACUGCCGACAUCAUGAAAAUGUGCUUUGUUUUCUCCAUUGUCAUCACAUUCCCGGUCAUCAUAUUUCCGUGUCGAUCCAGUCUUUACACACUGCUUUUCCCACAGAAGCCUAAGACGCAUGAAGAUUUUCAGAUUGACAGUCGCAUUCCCGAGCUUACUUUCAAGAUGAUCACUGUGGCCAUUGUGUUCGUCUCCAUGGUAGUUGGAAUUCUUGUACCAAAUGUUGAAUUUAUCCUUGGUAUGAAUGGAGCCACAGUGGGGACUCUGAUCUGUUACAUCUUUCCAGCUCUGUUUUUUGUCCGUGUCAUGGCAGCAAAGACAGAAGGCAAGAUCCUAGCUCAGCUGGUGAUGGUGUUUGGUGUGAGUAUCCUGAUUGUUAGCACAUUCACCACUCUGUACUCCCAGGACAAAGGCCACACACAUGCUGUGGUGCCAAAACUAGUAGAUGAAGUAGAUGUUUUGAAACCGGAUAUACAGCCGCCAUCUAAUCUAAAGACACCAGAAACCCAGGAUGCAAAACGAAUUGAGCCCCCAGAACCUAAAGCACCUGAUGAUGCUGAAGAAAAGAUAAAGUCUGGCAGUGAACAGAAGGAGAAGCCUGAUCCAAAACAGGAGAUCCAUGACAAACCAAAAGAGCCUGACCCAAAACAUAAUGAGCACAAAAAUGAUGAGAAAGAAACUAUUGUUGACAAAGAGAAGGAAACUUUGAAUGUGGACAAGGAAAAAGAGAAAUCUGUCAAGGAAAAAGAGAAAUCUGUCGAUGAAAAGGAGAAACCUGCUGAUGGAAAAGAGAAAGCUGUUGACAUAGGGAAGCAUGAAGGAGACAAGGAGAAGGCUUCAGAGAAGCAUGAGGACGUGGAGAAGGUGGCCAAGAAUGAGAAGCUGUUGGCUGACUUGGUCGAGCAGCAGAAGGAGGUGAUCAAGCAGCAGAAGGAGCUGCUGCAGGAGCUCAAGGAGCACAAGGAUAAGGAACACAAUGUUCCUAAAAGAGAGGAUCAGCAGAAAAUAUUACCACCUGAUCAAGGACAGCCAAAUGAAAUUCAGGGUCAUUUGCUCCAGGGGCAAGUGGGACAGCAAAACAGUUUACCACAACGUGAAGGGCAGCAAGGUUUACUACAAGGUCAACUUCAAGGUUUACCUCAAGGGCAAGGACACCAACAAGCUGUACAGCAGGGGAACGCCCAGCAAGAUUUACCUCUGAGGCAACAACAGAUGAUACCACAAAGACAACAGCAGAUUCUACCACAGGGCCAAGGACAACAGGUCCUACCACAGGGCCAUGGACAACAGGUUGUACCACAGGGCCAAGGACAGCAGGUUGUAGCACAGGGCCAAGGACAACAAGGCCAAGGACAACAGAUCAUACCACAGGGCAAAGGACAACAGGUCGUACUACAAGGCCAAGGACAACCGGUCCUACCACAGGGCCAAGGACAACAGAUCGUACCACAAGGCCAAGGACAACAGGUUCUACAACAAGGACAAAGACUACAACAGCAGGUUCUGCCACAGGGACAAGGACAGCAGGUUCUACCACAAGGCCAAGGACAACAGGUUCUACAACAAGGACAAAGAUUACAACAGCAGGUUCUGCCACAGGGACAAGGACAACAGGCUCUGCCACAGGGACAAGGACAACAGGCUCUGCCACAGGGACAAGGACAACAUGCUCUUCCACAGGGACAAGGACAGCAGGCUCUGCCACAGGGACAAGGACAGCAGGCUCUGCCACAGGGACAAAGACAACAGGCUCUGCCACAGGGACAAGGACAACAGGUUCUGCCACAGGGACAAGGACUACAACAGGCUGUGCCACAGGGACAAGGACAACAGGCUCUGCCACAGGGACAAGGACAACAGGCUCUGCCACAGGGACAAGGACAGCAGGCUCUGCCACAGGGACAAGGACAACAGAAUAUGCCACAGGGACAAGGACAACAGAAUAUGCCACAAAAACAGGAGCAGUGGCAGGCUAUGCAAGGUCAGAAUGGAGCUGUAGGUCAUCUUUCCAAUCUUGGCGUUAUAAAGGUCAACCAGCCUUUCAGAGAUCAGCAACACAAUUCCCCUGUUGCACCAGCUGAUGAUUCCAAGGUGAAACGACAGAAACGAGACAUUACUGAUCUUCUGACCAGUCUGAACAUACAGGCAGACAAAAAGGAUGUUCUCGGUGAGGAAAACAAACAGAUUCUAAGCCGACAAAAACGCAACACAGAUCAGUCUGUUAAGAAGAUUCAGAUCAAUAAGGAACAGAUUGCUAGUAAUGAUGUUAAUGUUAAAGCAAAACAGACUGAGCAUGAUACAAACGAGGUACUCGGUAACCAAUACAGUGUUAAGGCACCAGAAAUCCAGAAUGAAAAGGACAGUGAUAAGAAGACUCAAAUCAAAGGUGAAAAGGCAGAGGUAAAAGAUGGUGAUAAAAAACAAAAGAUUGAGAUGAAGAGGAAACUAAAAAGUAUUGCAGCUGUGAAUCAGUUGACUGGUGAUAAACUUGGUGUUGAAUCACAUGUGGAGAAAAUCGUAACUGAUGAUCUGAGUCACCGCAUGGCAGCAUUUCAAAUGUCGAGGCGGAGGUGACAGAACACUGUGUCUCAGAUGGAUUUGAACAGAAAAUAAUGACAUUUAUUAAGUACUCUGCAAUUUUUUGGAUGUUUUUAGUAUUUAAAAUAGACAAUCUAGUUUUUGUCUCACCUUUAAGAAGUAUUAUGUCUUUGAUGAAGGCGGCGGCGCCAACUUGUGCAUUGAAGGUUUCGCAUUUAGAUAAAUUCUUCACAAACUAUAAAACCUAGGUCAGUGCAACUUGGUUUAUAGUUGCACCUCUGCAUGUUUAUCACAGGGCACAGAAAAGGUUAUUUGGUAGGCGAGACAUUUCUUCUACAGAAUUCUUGUUUUCUUUCUGUUGGCUGCUGUCUCUAAUUUAGGUGAUCAUGUAAAAUGCAAUACUUUUUAUAUCAUAUCAAUAUUCAAAGGCGGGUCAUUUCUAAACUUUUAGUGGUGUUACAUUGUCUAGUAAAUUAGUUUCUUCUGUAAUGUGAUUGGUUAAUUAUACUGUUUUGCAGACAUCAAAUCAACAAUAAUACCUGCAAAUCUAGUGAUGUCAUUAGAAAGUGGGAUAGGCCUUGAGUUAACUGUUCAGUUAACAGUGUCAAGGAGUACUAGACAUUCAAUUGAUUUUAUGAAAAACGCUUAGUUUACAGUGGACAUAACCAUGUUGAGUUUUUAGAUUUAUGGAUGUUAUUGUUUAUUUGAUGCCUUCAUAUAUGUUUCAUUGGGGGAUGCAGUGGGGUCAGAGGGGUCCUGUCCAUAUGAAGUGCCCUUUUCAAUUACUUUUCUUUAAAAUUCAUCAUCCACAAUAUACAACACUAACUUGAAUUAAAACGCGUCUCUUUAUUUCGCAAUGUUCUGGAGUGCAUGGCCACGAACCUCCUACAGAAGUUACACCUUUUGGGACCUUGGCUUGUUUGUCUUCCUCAAACUGAACUUGCCCCAUUUUAGAAUUGUGUGACACCCACCCAUGGAUCCAACCCAGACACUCACAAAUCUGAAAACUCUAUUAUGGUCAUCUCCUAAGAAUUAAAAAUGGUGACAAGACAUACUAUGUAGGACCAAGAUAUUUGAACAUCCAUAUGACAACCAAAAUGCACACGUUUACAUUGUAGAAAGUUUGUGUUUUAUUUCACUUUGACAAAGGAUGUUAUGUGAUGGAGAUGGAAACAAUGCACUCACUCUAGGCUGCAAUCAGUACUGUGAUCCUGCAAGUGGUUCAUCAUCAUAGAACUUUUUCAAUGCCAUAGUAUAUUUUCAAGUAAAAUUAUAAAGAUGUAAGUAUGAUUGUACGUGUACAUUAUAGAGAAUAUUUCAUGUUUUUUUUCUAUCAAAUAUAAAUUAUAUCUCACAGAGUGAAGUCGUCAUGAGAUUUUCUGUUUAUUAAAUUACUUUCAUCAUUUUAACUUUAUCUCAAUUUUUAUUUUUUUUAAUUUAAAAGAGUAAUUUAUAGGGUAUCAAUAUAUGGUAGGUAAUAUUUUAAUCUUAAGUUAAGGGAACAAUUAAUCAUUCCUGUUAAUUUUGUUUCAUGUUGUGGUUUGGCAUACCAUAAUAAGUUGCUUUAUUUCAUUCAUCAUCAGCCAUUAUUCAUUGAAUUACAAGGCAAAGUAGUUUACUGAUUUGAUGUAUAUAUAAUUAAAUUUCCAUUACAUUCAUUACACUAUAACGUCAUCCCAAUGUGAGUUUGUUCAUUUCUCAAUGAAUGUAAAAAUUACAUGAGUUUGUUCAGUUCUCAAUGAAUGUAAAAAUUACAUGAGUUUGUUCAUUUCUCUUGAAUGUAAAAAUUACAUCAGGGAACGUGAUAUCUGUUGACAUCGUGUUAUAUUAGUAAUAUGUCUUAUUGAGCAUUUAUUGUUUUUAACCAAAAAUAUAAUUCAAAAUGUGAACUUUUAGUGAAUAACACUAAACAUUAGUAAGUAUGUUUCAAAUUUAAUUAUAAGUAUUGUCUUUUAUUUCUUUUACGUUCGUUGGGGUAUGAACAAAAAAUAAUAAUCCACAAACUUAUGUGAGAACAGGUUCGCCAAUUCACAGUUUGUGGAUAUAUUUUUUGGUUCAUACCCUGAACAUAAAAGAAAUAACAGACAGUUCUUAAGUAUUACCAUUCAUACAAAUUCCAGCUCCACAGAAGAGUGUCUUUUACAAAUGAUCUAGGAGGGAAACUCGAUUUGAACAAAUAAUUUGAAAAAGACUUACACUAGUGAGAUGAACAUUUGUAAUUAAUUUAACCAUGUUGGUAGAUAAUGUUCUUGACCCAUUCUCUUCUGCCACAGUGAAGUUCAUUCCUUUAUUUUUGAUACUGUCAUCAACUGCAUGAAUUUGUACAGCAUAUAGGUAAUGAUCUGUAUGGAUUAUUACUGGAACUACAUAGACCAUUAAUACUUUGGGUUCAUUGGCUACUUCAGUUCAGUUUAUUGUCAUCUUUAUAUCCAGUUAUGGUUCAGACCACACGUGCCUACUGCCUAGUGUUUUGUUUGUCCACAGUGAAGUUAGAUGGAGAUACCAAACCAAGACCUACCUGCUUUAAAGCUGAUGGCUUAUGUGUAAACAGAACAGGUCAAAUUUACAUAUUUGGUAAUUACAUACGUUUACAAUGCUUAAACACCAGUGUUUAAGAAAAACUGGCUUCAUAAAUUCAGCCCAAGUAAUGAAAUUUUAGGUGUAAUAGGUUUGGUGCUCAUUGUUUGAAUCCAUUGUCAUAUGGAUAAUUAUUUAGUUUCACCGUUGUUGACGUGCACUAAAUUUACUUUGUCUAUAAGUGACAAGUUGAAAAUGGAAUUUAUUGUGUGCUGUUCAGACCAUUUUGGACCAAUUGCUCUAAAUUCCUUAUACAUUACUGUAUUGUAUAGAAUAUUGCUUUCAUUGUGUACAUCUUCAAUUUAUUUUGCAAUAAAUGUAUAUACUGGUAAGAUAUGAUGACUAGAUAAAUUUCUAUAUUUUUGGUAACUGAUCACAAAUAUAGUUUUUGGGGAUGGAAUUGCUUUUAUACUAAAGUACUAAUCAAAAUUAUACCCAGGAGAUUUUCCAGUCUUAUGUAUUAUUUAUGAAAAUGUCUGGAAUAAAAACCAUAAAAAUGUGUCAGUAUUAUCAUGAACUGUUAUGGUAUUCAAACAACCGGUACCGAAAAUGACAAUAAAUGACCUGUUAUAGAUAGAAAUAUGAGAUUUAUUUACAAUUAUACUGCAAAACAUAUGUAAUAUGAAACAGACUAUAACACCAAGUUUGAUAUUGAACACACCUGAGACCACCUCUCUGCUUAGCUUGGUACUUGUGAUUUCACCUGUCAAGUGUAAUCAAUAUAAACCCUGGGUGUUAUAGUCUGUUCCAAAUUACAUAUGUUUUGCAGUAAAAUUGUAAAUAAAUCUCAUAUUUCUAUCUAUAACAGGUCAUUUAUUGUCAUUUUUUUUCUAUCGAUUUGUUUGAAUACGACAGGUCAUGAUAAUACUGACACAUUUUUAUGGUUUUUAUUCCAGGGAUUUUCAUAACCAAUAUAUAAGACUGAAAAAUCACCUGGGUAUAAUUUUGAUUAAUACUUUAGUUAUGAUCUUGCAGCAAAGAAAUCUUAAUGUUAUUUGUUAUUGUAAUUCCAGUGGAAGGUUUUGAUUUUGAAAAAUGUUUUGAAGACAAUUUUUGUUUGAAAAAUAAGAAAUAAAGUGUUGUUAUUUAA